AUGUGUCUUGGAAUGGCAGUGAAUGACAAGCUCAGGUUCGUGAUGUUAUCUUUAACUGACACUGUAAGUUCGCUUUACAAGUUGAUGGAAGAUGAGAAGUAUCUUCGUACUAGGCUUGGCGCCGAUAAAUGGAAAUCUCUUAUAGAAAAUUCAUCCCUACAAAUACAUGAAUGCAAAGAAGGAUUCAAUCUGCAGCGUGUUAAAUUUUGUGAGACGUGCAGUCGCGUAAGGCUUGGAAUGACUGGCGAUGAAUGGGCUAAUUGCAAAUCACCCGAUUCCUUUAUUGGUUUUGGCGGACAGGGAAGUUCGACAUGUGGCACUCCGACUCCAGAGCUGGUCUCCUGUGGAAACCUUGUCAGAUGUAGGGAUCAUGAAGAUAAAGAAAUUCGUGCGUUUGGUUACAUUUUUGUCCGUUAG